AUGGUAACAGCAAAGCCUCAUGCAGCCCUUGUGGCCAGCCCUGGCAUGGGUCAUCUCAUUCCCAUGGUGGAGUUGGGGAAGCGCCUUCUCAUUCAUCAUGGCUUCCACGUUACCAUCUUCGUCGUCACCACUGAUACCUCAACCACAACCUCACAGAUACUCCAACAAACAUCCAAAUUCAGUGCCCUCAACAUCGUUGUAAUACCUCCGGUCGAUGUCACCACUAAACUUGGACCAAACCCCUCGUUAGUAGCACGAGUUUGUUUAACCGUGAUUGAGUCCCUACCCCUUCUUCGCUCUUCCAUCCUAUCCAUGAAGCUUCCUCCAUCAACUAUUGUUGUGGACAUCUUCGGUACUGUAGCUUUUCCCAUGGCACGUGAGCUCCGCAUGUCGACCUACGUCUUCUUCGCUACCAGUGCCUGGUUCUCUGCGCUUAGCAUAUACCUUCCUGUCAUCGAUAAGCAAAUGGAAGAAAGGCACGCUAUCAACUGCGAACCGCUUUUUAUUCCAGGUUGUGAGCCGAUUCGUUUUGAGGACACCCUCGAACCGUUAUUAUCACCGGGCGCACCUGAGUACGAAGGUUACUUGAGAGCAGCAUUGGACAUGCUAUCUGCGGAUGGAAUUCUGAUGAACACGUGGCAAGAUCUGGAGCCCAAAGCAACGAAGGCCGUGAGAGAACCGGGGAUUUUAGGACGGUUUACCAGGGGACCGGUAUAUGCGGUUGGACCGCUAGUGAGAACCAUCGAGCCGAAAUCGGACCUUGGUCAGCGAAAUAUGGUUAUGAAUUGGCUUGACGGUCAACCUGCUGAGUCGGUGAUGUAUGUGUCGUUUGGGAGUGGUGGGACCAUGUCAGAAGCUCAGAUGACUGAGCUGGCUUGGGGAUUAGAGCUGAGUCAGCAGAGGUUUGUUUGGGUGGUGCGGCCGCCCAUGGAAGGCAAUGCGAGCGGCGCAUUUUUCAACGUCACUGGUGUCCCCAGCGAUGGGACGCCAGAUUAUUUGCCAGAGGGGUUCGUGGGGAGGACAAAGGAGGUGGGGCUGGUGGUCCCAAUGUGGGCCCCUCAGGCUGAGAUCCUGGGACAUCCUGCGACGGGUGGUUUUGUGACGCACUGUGGUUGGAAUUCUGUGCUGGAGAGCUUCCUCAACGAGGUGCCGAUGGUGGCGUGGCCCCUUUAUGCGGAGCAGAAAAUGAAUGCUUUCAUGUUAACGGAGGAGCUGGGGGUGGCGGUGAGAGCGAAGGCGGAGGAGGAGGAUGAAGGAGUUGUGCGCAGGGAAAAGAUAGCUGAGCUGGUAAGAAGAGUGAUGGUGGAUAAAGAAGGGAUAGGGAUGAGGAUUAAAGUGAAAGAGCUGAUACACCUUGGAAAGAAAGCUUUGUCUAAGUCUGGCUCCUCUCAUGAAGCACUGUGUCAGAUGACCAAGGACUGUGAGUUUCAUCUGCAGGGUUCAGAGGGAAAAGCUCGGGGUGCUUAG